UUCUUUUUUUUUUUUUUUUGCUUUCGUUUUGAGGUAUACAAGUUUUCCUUGUUUGUACGCUACUUUUAUGAGUAACCGACUGGUGGAAGCGAUCAGGUUUUACGAACCAGUGCCAACUGAAAGCGGCGAAAUGUUUCGUGAGCGAUGGAGAAGUGGGGUGACUUCAUGAUCAGGUUUCUCUGACAAGUGCCGCCUUUACCGCUGUCACGAUGGCAACGGCUUUCAGUGAGGUCAACGUUGCGAACGAGACACCGCUGAUGUUCUCGCGAAGCAGCUCCCUCGGUUCACUCAGCAGUCUGGAUCGACAAGCCGCCCUCAAUGCCCACAACCUCGCUGUCAAUCAGAGCCAGCAUACAAGUGGGGCUGUCUCCCCCAGUGAUCUGCCAGACUCUCCAAGUCAAACAAUGCCACCAAGCCCACGCCAUAGAUCUCCUGAACCUGUUUUCCGCCUUCCCCCAUGCAGAAAGCCCAUCCCACAGCCAAUUGGUGGUGUGUUCCAAGACUGCCCGCGAAGUUUUGCAGAAGAAGGGACUCCCUGCCGCAUGUCACAGGCUACCAGCCUUAGUUCUCUCACUCAAGAUGAUGACACCAGUAACAUUGAAAAACUCCUCAGGCAUGAUGAUGAGCAUGAAGUGUUUCAAGAGAGCAGCUUUGAAGAAGAGCACGACGAACAGGCACAGUUUGUAGAUGGCACAUAUUAUGGGCGGAAGCACUUGCAAGGCCAGUCUCAUCUGCCAACUCACAGUGUCACUGGCAUUGAUGAAGGUGCAGUCGAAGUGUUUGCAGAUACAACACGGCGAUAUGCCCAAGAAGGCACACCACGAGGCUACUCCAGGCCUGAGAGUCCCUAUUUGUUAACUAAUGAGAACACUUGUCCACAAAGUGGCAUUGUCCCUGACUGGGAUGAUGACUACCAAAUGAGGCCUCACCAAAAAAAGCAGCCAGUGCCUUUCGAUAGUAGUCGCAGUCAUAGAUGGAGUGGUGAACGAGUCCAAAAAUCUCAUGUCACUCAUAAGCAUGUCUCGUUUAAUGAUGACUGCGUCAUGCGCACAUCUCACGAAGAUGCUGCUGUGCCUUACUUUGCUGAGGAUUGUGUUCGUGUGUAUUGCACGGAAGGUACACCGUCUGUUCUUUCCCACGCACCUUCCCUGAAUGACCUGGGCAGUGCCAAAGCCUGGCCUAAUCCACAGGACUCGGGUGACCACAUGCUUGAAGCUUCACCUGAUGGUUGUCAAAGACCUUCAUCUCAAAGCAGCCAGGCCAAUCAAAAGUCAUCGGGGUGCCAUAAGCGUGCAUCAACCAGUGAUGACUGUCAUCUUCACUCCCCACAUGAAACAGCAUCACCAUCUUUUGAAGAAGACUGUUUACGCGUGUACUGCACAGAGGACACGCCGUCAUUACUUUCCCAUUCUGCGUCAUUCACUGAUCUCAGCAUGAGUCAUGAUGACAGUAAGAAUUGGGAGUCAGCUGAGCACUCUCCAAAACCACCUUGCAUCAAAUCAGAAGCCCUUAUCGACGUUUCUGAUGAGGAGGAAGGCAGUGCCGACCUCAUAGUGCAGUGCAUCCAGCUGGGCUGGCAAGUGUCCCAGUCAUCAAACUGUCACCCAAAGACUAGAAGCUGGAGUGGAACACCAGGGGACAGUAUUACCAUUAGUGCACCAGUGCCAAAGCCACGGAGCAUAAACAGUAUGCCAGGAAAAACUACAUCAGUCGCGAGCAAAAGCAGCUCAUCGUCACCUUUGCCGUCUAGUCACACAACCUGUCAAAGUAAGCUACAGCAUACCAGUGAGGAUAAUGCAUUGCCAGACAAAAUUCCAUCACACAAGUUCAGUGUAGUAAGCACCAGGCAGAGCUCAAGUGUCAGUAGUCUUGUUGAAAGAACCUCUCCAGAGCUCGCAUGGAAGAGCAGUAGCUUUGGGAAUGUAGGCGAACUAAACAAUUGCCUCAGAGGCUGUUCAGUGGCUGCGCAAAGCUCGUCAGAUGUCAGCCAGCCCUCAUGCACACAAAACUUCAGUUCGAACUGUUGCACAAACAAGAGCAAUAGCAUGCAUAGCAGCUUGGAUCAAACGGAAACAUUAUGUCAAGAUAGUAGUGAUGAAGAGGAUGAUGUCCGCUUGUUGCAGGAAGUUGUGAUGAUGGGCAGGGCACUGGCUGGAAACCCAGAAUUGUCUGCAGGCGUGACAUCUCCAAGCACGUCCAAGGCACACUCCACUCCAGCAACCAAGGCGCCUUCUCAGCCGGAGGUGUACCAGCAGUCCCCGCCUUCAAGUACGCCUUCUGUUUCAGUGGCAAGCCCUUUGAGACCACAUCAGUAUGCUCAAGGCAACAGGCUUGAUGUCGUUUCGAGUUUCACGAGUGUCGAAGAAAACCCAGCAAAAGUGCCACUGGUGUCCCCUAGUCAUGUUUGCUCCAAACCCGAAGGUAGCACUUUUCAGGAUAACAAUGAGCAUCUAUCUGAAAGCAGUGAUGAGGAGCAGGACAGCAAGUUUUUGCUUGAAGUGAUCAGUCUCGGCCGUGCCGCUGUGAGCAAACAGCAACACCCUGGAGGCGAGAGCACGAACCCUGACACAAAAAGUCUCCGAGACAAUGUCUCUGACCAUCAGAACGAAAGUUCUCCAUUGCUUAUGGGAGGCACUGCCUGUGUGACAGUACAGCCUGCUGCCAAUGACGUGCCCCCUCCUGGUCAAUACCCGACAUCUCCUUGUGCAAUGCCAGAUGUCAGUGACUGUUUACUCCACGAUGAUGAUGAUGAUGAUGAUGGCAAGUUGCUAAAAGAAGUAAUCAUGCUUGGCCUUUCAAGUGUGCAAAGCAUAGCUUUAAAUUUAUCACAGCCACAUCUUGACAAGCAGCCAGUGACAGUGCUUGAGAAGGAGACGCCGGCCAUUGCAACGUCAUGUGCUGGCAAUGAUGCGCAAACUAAAACCGUAGAAGACAGUCCUCCUGAACCUGCGAAAGGACCUGUUUGUGACAGUGUGCAUAAACAUACUUGCAACGUGGAGGGAGAACAGAAAGACAAGCCUGCGAUUCCUCCUGAGCCUCCAGCAGACUCCUCUGACCGUGUUGUCCAGAUUCGUCUAAAGUUGCCAAACAGUCGAACGCUGACUCGACGCUUUCUAGCAUCAGCAGAGCUUGGUGUACUGCUGGUCUAUCUGGAUUCUCUGGGCUACCCACUCACCAGGUUCAAGAUACUCAAGAACUGGCGUAGGCAAGAACUUGCAACCAUAAACCCAAAACAGACUCUGGAACAACUCAAGCUUUACCCCAAGAAGACUCUGACAAUAAAGGAGCGGUAGCCCUACCGGCUUUUAUACAUGUACUAAC